UCGGCUCGGGGCUCACCCGUUCUUGCCGCUCCAGUCGGCGACAACCACCCCAGUCGCUUGCCAGCUUUUUAAAUUCUACAGGUAUUGGCGGAAGAAAUGUACGGGAGGAAAUUUCUUUUAAAAAGAACUCCUUUGCCUCCCUUUAUCUCUCCCUUCUCUCUGCGCGCGCUCCGCCCUCGGAGAGGAGGAGACCCCUUCUGAGUACGAUCACAAGGCUUCGAGGGGGCCAAACCAAUCGCGGAGGAGCAUUCAGUUCAUAAGAACACCAAGAUGGUUGCACAAAAGUUCACAGUGGACUUGAGCAAGCCUCUUGUUUUUCAAGUUGGCCAUCUUGGGGAAGACUAUGAGGAAUGGGUUCACCAGCUCAUUGUGACCAAGGAAGGUCCACGCUUUUUUGCAAAUGACUUCUUGGAGAUGUUCACCCGUACUAAAUGGUGGGUGAUUCCAGUCGUAUGGAUCCCUGUUGUCUGUUGGCUCAUGAGCAUGUCUAUCUGCAUGGGACAUACAGUUCCUCAGGUAGCUCAAAUGGUUGUGGGUGGUAUUCUUUUGUGGACACUCAUUGAGUAUACAUUGCACCGCUUCCUUUUCCAUAUGAAACUUCAAGCUACUGGGCAAAUACCUUACAUUAUCUUCUUCAUGGAUGCCAUCAUAAGCACCCGAUGGAUGGACUACGCCUUGUUUUCCCACCAGCUGCAACAGCUAUUCCUUGUGUGGGCGCCCAUCUGGUCCCUGAUUAGGCUCUUAACAACCCCUACUACUGCACCUGCGAUAUUUGGAGGAGGCUUGUUGGGCUAUGUGAUGUAUGACUGCACCCACUAUUACCUGCACCAUGGACAACCAUCCAAAGACACAGCUCGAAAUAUGAAGAAAUAUCAUUUGAAUCAUCAUUACAGAAUACAAAACAAGGGCUUUGGCAUUACUUCUUCACUUUGGGAUGUUGUCUUUGGUACAUUACCCCCUCCGAUGCCAUUCAGGAAAAGCCGCUGAUUAUAUUAGUCCAUAGGUUAGAAGUGAAUGUAAUCCAUUAAAGUACUAUUAAGGUACCUUUCCUUUUCUUCCUAGGCAUUCUAGCUAAUAUGAAAAUCUUGGGGCUUAAGAUGGUGAUAUUGUUAACAAUGUUUUUGGUCUUAAUUGGUUUAAGGAGAGUAGCCCAGCGAGUCUUACUUCAGCCUUCUGUGAUUUUUUGCAGCUUCCUGAAUCUAAAAUUGGUGUAAUUUGUUUAAGUGGAAGCAGUGAAAGCAACUUGUAAUUUUGUUUUUAGUCAAGAAAAUUGCCUUCUUGACUCUGUAUGAGGGAAACAGGACGAUCAAAGAAUUACACUGCA